UUCAUUAUCUGAAGUAAGUGAUUUAAAUUUAUUUUAUAUAAAUUUUUAAAUAAAAUUAUUUAUUUAUGUUUUCUUUUUUUUUUUCUGUUAGAUUGAUCAAAAUCAAUUAUCAACGUUAUCAGACGAUAGUUCAACAGAAGAAUCUCAAUUGUCGAAUCUUGAAUGUCGUGUUUGUGAUGCUCCUGCUCAUGGUUUUAAUUUUGGUCAAAUCACUUGUGGACCAUGUAAAGCAUUUUUUCGUCGAAAUGCAUUCCGAAAUAAGGUAAUAGGCAUUCAAUGA